CGUUGGGGGUCCGCGGGGGCGGCCAUCUUGGUAAAGGCCGAAGCGGCCGUUCCGACGCUGGCAGGACUGCCAGAUUCGAAGGUCACAAUGAGUGAGUGAGCAGGCCACGUGGAGCGAACUUUGCCUCGGCCCAUGGGUUCAGCUCGCCUCCGGGAUGGCGAGGCGGCGGGCGUUGAGGCGGUGCCUGCAGCUGCUGGCGCCCUCGGUUGAGCCGGCGCGCCGGGGCCACUCCCGCUGCGCGGCGGCGCUGUGCCCGAGGGCGCCGUGGCCCGCAGCCCAGGAGGAGCAGCGGCGGCGCGCGCGCCCUUCCGCCCCCUACGCCAGUUCUGAAAAGGACAUGGAUGAAAAUGAAAGCAGCCAGUCCCUGAUGACGAGCAGCCAGUAUCCCAAAGAAGCAGUAAGAAAACGCCAAAAUUCAGCCCGGAGCUCUGUAGGAAGUGAUUCUUCUAGGUUUUCCAGGAAAAGUUUCAAACUGGAUUACAGACUAGAGGAAGAUGUAACUAAAUCAAAGAAAGGAAAGGAUGGCAGAUUUGUUAACCCAUGGCCGACAUGGAAAAAUCUCUCCAUUCCAAACGUUCUCAGAUGGCUGAUAAUGGAAAAAGAUCACAGCAGUGUUCCAGGCUCCAAGGAGGAACUUGACAAAGAGCUCCCGGUGCUGAAGCCGUAUUUUAUCGACGAGCCAGAGGAGGCCGGAGUGCGGGAGGCCGGCCUGCGGGUCACGUGGCUGGGACAUGCCACGGUGAUGGUGGAAAUGGACGAGCUCAUCUUCCUCACCGACCCCGUCUUCAGCUCUCGCGCGUCACCGUCACAGCGCAUGGGUCCCAAGCGGUUCCGCCGUGCGCCCUGCACCGUGAGCGAACUGCCCCCAAUAGACGCGGUCCUCAUCAGCCACAACCACUACGACCACCUGGACUACAACUCCGUCCUGGCCCUGAACGAGCGCUUCGGCCCGGAGCUGCGGUGGUUCGUGCCUCUGGGCCUCCUCGACUGGAUGCAGAAGUGCGGCUGCGAGAACGUGAUCGAGCUGGACUGGUGGGAGGAGAACUGUGUCCCCGGCCACGAUCAGGUCACCUUUGUCUUCACUCCUUCACAGCACUGGUGUAAAAGGACUCUCAUGGAUGACAACAAGGUUCUGUGGGGCAGCUGGUCUGUCUUGGGGCCCUGGAGUCGGUUUUUUUUCGCAGGAGACACUGGUUAUUGCCCGGCUUUCGAAGAGAUCGGAAAACGGUUUGGCCCCUUCGACCUCGCAGCUAUUCCCAUCGGCGCGUAUGAACCCAGGUGGUUUAUGAAAUACCAGCACAUAGACCCAGAAGAAGCUGUGAGGAUUCACAUUGACGUUCAGACAAGGAAAUCUGUGGCAAUUCACUGGGGAACUUUUGCCUUAGCAAAUGAGCAUUACUUGGAGCCCCCAGUGAAGCUGAGCGAGGCUCUAGGAAGAUACGGACUUAAGCCGGAAGAUUUUUUUGUCUUGAAGCAUGGAGAAUCCAGAUACCUCAAUACUGAUGAGGACAACUCGGAAUAAAUGUGAGCGCAGGAGCCGUCAGUGAUGAAGGUAUCCGCAAAGCUCAGACAGACUCACAAACGCACGAACAUGAGGAAUUCCAAUACUUAAGAAACAACUUCAACGAGUUAGUGUUCUGUUUUGCGUGGUAACUUGCUUGCUGCUCUGCCUG